CGGCGCCCCGGGAACCGGCGGGAAGGAAGGAGGGAGGAAGGGAGGGUCCGGGAGCCGCCAGUAAAGCUGGAAUAAAACCAUGAAUCUUCUACAAAAGAGGACCCAGCACUGCAGGAAUUUGAGGGAGCUGACCUUCCACUCAGAGCAGCUUCUCCUGUGGUUGUGUUAGAGCUGUGCUUUGGGCAGGCGGAGGCGACGCGGGGGAAACGAUGUUCAGCCGGGAUGAUGCCCGAAGUGAGGGAUACGUCCAAGAGCUCUUCCAUGAGGAAGCACAGCAGGUAUCUCAAACACAGACCAAGCCCUGGUGGAAGAUCCAGCUGUUUGUAUGGGAGCCGGUGCUUUUUGGAACGUGGGAUGGGGUCUUCACCUCCUGCAUGAUCAACAUUUUUGGCGUGGUUCUUUUCCUGAGGACGGGAUGGCUUGUGGGAAACACUGGCAUUGUAAUGGGCAUGUUUCUGGUGUCCUUUGUCAUUCUGGUUGCCCUGGUGACAGUCUUGUCUGGAAUUGGGGUGUGUGAGAAGUGCAGCAUUGGAAGUGGAGGAGUCUACUCCAUGAUUUCUACUGUCCUUGGAGGUCAAGUAGGGGGCACCAUUGGCCUCCUUUACAUUUUUGGCCAGUGUGUUGCAGGUGCCAUGUACAUCACUGGCUUUGCAGAGUCCAUUGCAGGUGUCCUGAGCCUCAGCAACAUCUGGGCAGUGCGUGGCAUCUCCCUGGCUGUCCUGCUCGGCCUGCUGGGAAUCAAUCUGGCUGGGGUGAAGUGGAUCAUCCGGCUCCAGCUCCUGCUGCUCCUCCUGCUGGCUGUCUCAACACUGGACUUUGUCAUUGGGUCCUUUACACAUCUCGAUCCAGAGCAUGGCUUCGUCGGCUACUCCCAAGAGCUGAUGUUCAACAACACACUGCCAGACUACAGCCAGGGGGAGUCCUUCUUCACUGUUUUUGGAGUGUUUUUCCCAGCUGCCACAGGUGUGAUGGCUGGGUUCAAUAUGAGUGGAGAUCUCCAGAAGCCUUCUUCCAACGUCCCUCUGGGGUCUCUGGCUGCUAUUGGCACCUCGUGGUUUCUGUACAUGGUCUUCGUUUUUCUGCUGGGAGCCAUUUGUACCCGCCAGUCACUCCGCUACGACUUCAUGAUAGCAGAGAAGGUAUCCCUGGUGGGUUUUUUGUUUUUGCUAGGGCUGUACAUCUCAUCCCUGGCCUCCUGCAUGGGAGGGCUGUAUGGAGCACCCAGGAUCCUGCAGUGCAUCGCCCAGGAGAAUGUGAUCCCCACGCUCGCCUUCCUUGGAUGUGGGAAAGGCCCCAACAAGACUCCCGUGGCUGCGAUUUGCUUAACAAGUCUCAUCACCAUGGCUUUUGUCUUCAUUGGGCAAGUGAAUGUUCUUGCUCCCAUAGUCACCAUCAACUUCAUGCUGACGUAUAUUGCUGUGGACUAUUCCUAUUUCUCGCUGUCCUUGAGCUACAACAUUCAGCAGAAACCUGAAGAGACCCAGAUGGGAACUGCUAGACCUGCUCUGUCUUCCCAGCCUUUAAUUUUCAGCAAGCCCCCCAGCCGUGCAGCUGAUGGGGUAAUUCAAAGCAGGUCAAAUGGCACCUUGCUGGAAUUCAAAAAAGACAUGGACCAGCUUUUCAAACCAUUUUUUAGUGAGCCAAGUACUUGCAAAAGAGAAGGAGAUGAGAAUUUAACCCAAAAGGUCAAACGAAAGAAGGCGAAGAGGCCAGCCAAGCAGACCUUACAGGACAGCUUUCUCCUGGAUCUCCACCACGAUGCUCCCCCAGCUCAGCACGGCUGCAAUGACACCACGGAGCCCCAUGAGAGGCAGCAGGACGUGGAUGAGCAGGGCUGUCAGUGGGAUGCAGAUCUGUUCUCAUCACCCCCUGCAGUUGGCCAGUACAUACCCAGGACGCUGGAGCAGAGGGAAGAGCUCUGCAGUGAGGUGAUGAUGCUCCCUGGCCCGAGGGGAGAAGAAUCAUCUAUAAAGCGACAAAAUCCAGAACUGGGAAUUCAACAAAUACCAGAAUUCUUUUACUCCAGAUUUUUCAGUCACUGGAUUUCCUUUGUUGGUGCGAUUGUGUCCCUCAUCAUAAUGUUUGUCAUUCAGUGGAUCUACACCCUUGUCAGCCUGGGAGCAGCAGUUAUUCUGUAUUUCUACAUCGGCCAAGUGAGCCCAGGACUCCCUCUUGGAGCAGCAGCAAAUUUCAGUUUCUUUGGCUGGAUUAAGUCGGUUUUGAUCACUUCAUGCAGGAGAAGGCCAACUCCCAAGGAACAGAUCGUGGUGACACCGUCCUUUGCAACAGUAGGCAUGGAGACCAGGCAGCUCACUGAGGAGAACGCCGACUUCGCCUCCCGGGACCGCUACCACCAGUCCUCACUCAUCAGCAGAGAGGAAUUUGGGAGCCAGUUCCAGUGAAGGACACACACACACACACACACAAAAUUCAAUCCAUUACUUCAAAAAGCAUUUAGAAGUGCUAAUGGCUGCCAGGGGUGCCUUUUGAAAUACUUGAAUACGUGCACAAAGAAUGUGAAUAGCUGUUUAUGUAUUUGAGGCUUGUUUGUUUAUGCAAACUACAACAUCGCUGGGCUUCAAACCUUACCCAAACUGAGGAGAAAAAAUGGAAAUGAAAGGGCCAGUCCAAGGAAGUGAUGGGUUACUGAAGACAGUAUAGCCCUUUUAAAGAAUUCAAUUAUAAGCCCUAUUGAGUUCUAAAAACGUUGCUGCUCUAAAAGCUUACAACACCCCAUUUCAGAUGUCCUCUGGGUGACCGGGACGCUCUGCCUGAGAGCAGCGACGCUGACAGCAGGAGCUGGUGCCCCACUCCCAGCUGUGCCACGGAUGGAUGCGACCUUCCAGGUCAAUUCACUUCUCCUCUAGGCAUGAAUUUCCCUGCUUGUAAUACAGUAAUUUUCUACCUCAGCAUUUCAAUUACCAAGGUCUUAGAAAGUAUUUUAAGACAUUAGACAAUAGGCCAGAAUCAGUGGCAAGUACGAGAAGAUUAUGAAGUAUAUUCACAAAUGAAAUCGCACAUUUAAAUGCAGUAAUGCAGGGUAAUGACCUCUUCUGUAAAACUGUGAAAUUAUGUCUUAGAAGCUGUUCAUAGUUAUUUCCCACAUCCUUUCUGAUGUGAGAGCUGAGACCUGACAAAAUAGCUGGGCCCACUUAGAGUGUCUCUUGGCUGAAGGGACAGAUGGUUCAGAAUUGCUUUAGCAAAAUAUGUUUAACCCCAGCGCCACACAUCAGUUCUGACAUUAUGAGGAGGGGGAAAUCACUGCCUUUCACUUUGUUUAAUCUCUGAUAAUUCCAGCCUUUAGAUUAUUUAUUUUUCCUCCUGUGCAAUAAAAGCCUGAGACACCAG